GUUAAAUUCGCAUACUUUCCAGAUGUCCGGUUCAACCGAUCUAACCGAAACCAAGCAAGAACGAAAUGGGCUUUAAAGCCCAGUGAACCAAUCAAUGAAUGUAGAGGAACGAGAGUUUUUCUGAACUCUGUUAAAUUUCGUUUGCGUCUUCUUUCCAUUCUCUGAAUUCCUUCCAUAUCUCUCUCUGUGUGUCUUCUACAAAGACCAGAUCUCUCAUCUGUGUUUUGUUGGUUUAUCUCGACCAAAGCCCACACGUCACGUUACGUUAGGUUACAAAACAAGUUUUUUCCCUUAUAAAAAAAACAUUGAUAAAAUCGAAAAAUCAAUUCCUAUUUUGUUUCCAAAGCAAAUCUAUAUAUCUAUUACCCAUCUCGAAUUCGACCGAACCCAUGUUCUAAUCUCCUUCGCAACAUUGGAAAUCUAUUUUAAAAAUCCGUUGAGAUAUAGUUAUAUAAGUAGUUUGGUGACUCAAUUAGGUUUACACACAAAGACAUGGGAUCGGCUGGUGUAGCGAGUUCUUCUUCUGAUGUUGCGAUCUCAGCUUUGCGUGAGAAGCAUGAGAAGGAAGUAGAGAAUCUAACAUUAACGACACAACCUUUGAAUACAUUGAAGUUGUUUGUUGAGGCUACUAUUCAGUACAUCAAGCGAUCCAUAUCGUAUCUAUUGGCUCAUGGAGGUUGGUUUAUACUGAUAACCACUUUGUUAGUGGUAUCUGGUGGUUUGCUUGUUACUGUUGAUGGACCUCAUGGCAAGCAUGUUGAAGAAGUAUUAGAGUAUGUCCGAUAUGGCUUGUGGUGGAUAGCACUUGGUGUUGCAUCUUCUAUUGGUCUUGGAUCUGGUCUCCAUACUUUCGUUCUCUAUUUGGGUCCGCACAUUGCUUUGUUCACUCUAAAAGCAACGCUAUGUGGUCGAGUUGAUCUAAAAUCUGCACCAUAUGAUACAAUACAGUUGAAAAGGGUUCCUUCAUGGCUUGAUAAAUCUUGUUCGGAAUUCGGUCCUCCUUUAAUGAUAUCAGCUGCUGGAUCGCGUGUGCCUCUUACCAGCAUAUUGCCACAAGUCCAGUUGGAGGCAAUCUUAUGGGGUAUUGGGACGGCUCUUGGGGAGCUUCCUCCAUAUUUCAUCUCAAGGGCAGCUAGUAUAUCUGGGAGCACAGUGGAUGGAAUGGAAGAAUUAGAUGGUUCCUCCACUGAAGAUAGCGGAUUUAUGGCAACUCACCUGAACCGUGUUAAGCGUUGGUUAUUAACCCAUUCACAGCACUUGAACUUCUUCACUGUCUUGGUUCUUGCUUCGGUUCCAAAUCCUUUGUUUGACCUCGCUGGAAUAAUGUGUGGACAAUUUGGCAUUCCGUUUUGGGAAUUCUUCCUGGCGACCUUAAUCGGAAAGGCGAUCAUCAAAACUCAUAUACAGACGAUAUUUAUCAUCUGCGUUUGUAAUAACCAACUGCUUGACUGGAUGGAGAACGAACUGAUCUGGAUACUUAGCCAUGUCCCGGGAUUGGCUUCUAUGUUGCCUGGACUCACAGCCAAACUCCACGCCAUGAAAGAAAAGUAUAUUGAUGCACCAUCUCCUGUUCCAUCUCACAUCAAGGUGAAAAAGUGGGAUUUUUCGUUUGCAUCGAUCUGGAACGGGAUAGUAUGGCUCAUGCUCCUCAACUUUUUCGUGAAGAUUGUGACAGCAACUGCACAGAGACACUUGAAGAAGAAGCAAGAGAAAGAAAUGGCUACUUUGACUCAUUCAGAUUGAUAAAAUCUCCCACAAUCUUUCUUCCUCAUGCUCCAACAUCAAAACAGACACUAUCCAGAUUUGAGUUGAAGGGCCAACAAACAAAAAAUGUCUUCUCAUCUUCUCAUCUUGUCACAUUGAUUCCGGUGGGACUGUUCUGUGUAGGAAAUUGGGAUUAUGAGAUUGCAGGAGGUUUAUUUUUGUUCCUGUGAUUCCAUAGAGAAGGUUCUGUAGGAACAAGUACUCAGAAAAGAAAAACGCAUUAAUUGCUAAUUUGGUACUGUUACCAAAUUAAAUCUAGUGUAAGCUUAUUUUGUUCUAUGCUUAGUUCCAAUUAUUUGUUAUUUUUUUUCACUGUUAAUAUGAGCAAAUGAGUCUACCAAAU